AUGGCGGACCAAGAGGAGACUUUUGUCCUCCAGAACUCUCCAGGUGGCUCGGAUUCAAGGGAAUUACAGAGCGAUAAUAAAUCAGAGAAACAGAACGGGACUUCAAGCAAAUCCCCAUCAUCACAGACAACUUACAUUCAGCAGGUCAGUGGAAUGGAGGGCAUAAAAGUGUACCUGCACGAAAGGGAACUAUGGACGAAGUUUCAUGAGGUGGGAACCGAGAUGAUCAUAACCAAAGCCGGACGGAGAAUGUUCCCCAGCUUCAAAGUGAAGGUCACAGGAUUAAACCCCAAAACUAAAUAUAUUCUCCUGAUGGAUGUUGUUCCCGCGGACGACCAUCGAUACAAAUUCGCCGACAAUAAAUGGUCUGUGACCGGGAAGGCUGAGCCCGCCAUGCCCGGGAGGCUCUACGUGCACCCGGACUCCCCGGCCACCGGGGCGCACUGGAUGAGGCAGCUGGUCUCCUUCCAGAAGCUGAAACUGACCAACAACCACCUGGACCCGUUCGGACACAUCAUCCUAAACUCGAUGCACAAGUACCAGCCGAGGAUCCACAUAGUCAAAGCGGAUGAGAACAACGGCUUCGGCUCCAAAAACACGGCCUUCUGCACUCACGUCUUCCCGGAGACAGCCUUCAUUGCGGUUACUUCCUACCAGAACCACAAGAUAACCCAACUUAAGAUUGAGAACAACCCGUUUGCAAAGGGUUUCCGUGGAAGCGACGAUAUGGAACUGCACCGGAUGUCCAGAAUGCAAAGCACCAAGGAGUAUCCGGUAGUGCCUCGCAGUACAGUGCGGCAGAGGGUUGGCUCCAGCCAGAGUCCGUUCAGCGGGGAGGUCCAGGGAAUGGCCACACCGAGCACCCUGGGCUCCCAGUACUCCCAGUGUGAGAACGGUGUCACGAGCACCUCACAGGACAUGCUGCCCCAGUCGGGCUCCUACCCGCUGCCACAUGAGCACGGCCAAGAGUACCACUGCAUCAAGAGGAAAGUGGAGGACGACUGUCACUCCAGUGAACACAGCUAUAAGAAAGCCUAUCUGGAGAGCUCAUCCAGUGAGGAGGACCAUUACUACCGGCCUGUUGGCUACGCCCAGAGCCUCAGCCUCGCCGGUGGGCCCUACCGCAGCGAAUCCAGCCAGCGGCAAGCCUGUAUGUACGCCAGCGCUUCCCAAGGCACCGAGCCCGUUCCCAGUUUGGAGGACAUCAGCUGCAACACUUGGGCCAGCGUCUCGCCCUACGGUAGUUGUUCCGUCACCACCAUGCAGCCAAUGGAGCGGCUGCCCUACCAGCACUUCUCUGCUCACUUCACCUCAGGGUCUCUGGUGUCCAGACUGGGAGGAGUGGGAGGUCACGCCUCUCCGCAGCUGGGAGACGGCCAUCACGCGGCCAUGUACCAGAGCUCCAUGGCCCACCAGACUCUGGGCCGCCAGUGCAGUCCCGGGGCUGGGAUCCAGUCGCCAACAGCCGGCCUGCAGGGAAACGAGUACCUCUAUACGCACGGCAUACCACGUACACUAUCACCACACCAGUACCACUCUGUACAUAGUGUUAGCAUCAUGCCAGAGUGGAGCGAGAACAGCUAA